ACGUCCACAACCGCAAUCAAGCCCCGAAAAAAUUCCUAAGCGAAUUUCUUGAGAAGCGACAUCCAUCGAGAGAAAUCAAUCAACUCCCAUCACCAAAACAACUUUCUCUCGCCACACCACAACACCGACAAGAUGGGUCACGCCGCAGGUCUACGCGCUGGCACUCGAUAUGCCUUCUCUCGGAACUUCCGACAGAAGGGUAUGAUCCGCCUCUCUACAUACCUACAACAGUACAAGGUUGGCGACAUCGUCGAUAUCAAGGCAAAUGGUGCAGUUCAGAAGGGUAUGCCUCACAAGGUCUACCACGGAAAGACCGGUGUCGUCUACAACGUCACCAAGACCGCAGUAGGCGUCAUCGUCUACAAGAAGGUCAAGCACCGGUACAUCGAGAAGCGAAUCAACCUCCGCAUCGAGCACAUCAGCCGAUCCCGAUCAAGAGAAGACUUCCUUAAGCGCGUCAAGCAGAACGCCGAGCUCAAGAAGAAGGCUAAGGCCGAGGGAACCACUCUCACCGUUAAGCGACAAGCCACUCAACCCCGUGAGGCGCACACCGUGUCCAUGAAGGACAACCAACCCGAGACGGUGGCUCCUAUCGCGUACGAGACGACCAUCUAAGGAAGGGGAAGGUGGUGGAUGGAUGCGGCGGUCGCGUGGUGUUUCUGGGUUCUUCUGCCGGUUGCUCUUUUCUCAUUGCAUUAGGGGUUUUUCGCGUGGCCAGGAAUCUCAAUCUUCUGUGCAUGGCAAGGCAUGGAUGGACAUAGGCACUGCCUAGAGGAAUGACAAAAAUAUACCAAAUGCCAAU